AUGUGUGAUGAACGUUCACGGCAGGAUACUUUUACUCCGACUAGUACUACAAAGUGUGGACUAUAUCAAAUACGCCUUACUGGUACAUUGUUUAUUCUGAAACCAGAAUCAACUUAUUUCGGUGGUCAUGGAUAUUUGUUAAAUGUAACAAACAAACAAGCCAUUAGUAAUCGUCUAGGAGAAAAAGAUCAUACGGUAUAUAUGAAUGGCAGAUUAAUGAAUUUAAACCAAAACGAUGAUGUUGAUGAAGAUGAUAAUGAUGAAGAUAGAAGCUAUCAACGACCAUGUUCAAUAGAGAUUAGUGAUUUCAAUCCAAAUCUCGGUAUAACUGGUGAAUUCGAUAAUAUACUAAGAAUUGCGCAUGAUUGUGAAUCGACCAUUUAUCCAAGUAUAUUUAAAUCAAAUCAUCAAUGUAUUGCAUCGUUUGAUAUUGAUGGAAUUUCAACUAUUUCUACAUCUUAUUUACUACUCAUCACAUAUCUUAAUAUUACAGAUCAGUAUUAUUGUUUAAUAAUUCAAAUCAACAAGAAUAAUGAUAAUAGUAAUAAUAAUAAGAAUCAUGCAAAUUACACAAUCUUUAUGUAUCAUUCACCGCAAUGUCAAUAUAAAACUACACCAUUUGAAAAUAUUAAAUUCGAUGAAACUAAAGCAUUUGCUAAAUUAUUGCUUACUUCAUCAAUGAAAAGAGAAAAUAAUAAUUCUACAAAAAAUAACACUCAUGGCAAUCAAACUAUGAUGACUGCUGCUAGAUUGAAUAAAAAUUUCUAUUCAUCUUUCAAUAAUUUAACCAUUGGACCAUUAUUAUUUACUGAUCAUCGUCAUCAACCACGAAAUACAACAACACGUUUGAGAACAGCGCUACGUUUCUUAUCGAGACCAAUUAAAAAGACUAGUUUCUCUGUGAUUCCUAAUCAUUCCAUCUCUUUGUUCACAUCAUCAUCCUCAAUGAUUGAUUGUUAUCAUUAUUUAUUGAUAAUUUCCAUUGUAUUUAUUAUUAAUUUGUGAAAUCUUGAAAAUUAAUUAGGAGGGAAUUUAUUACUUAACUACAUCAACUGAUCGUAAGAGAUUUAAAAGACACACCAGUGUGUAUGUAACAUCUGGUUUGCACGUAGUGGUGAAUCAUUUCAUACACUCUAGCUGGGUAUUGUACAAACUACACACACUCUCUCUCACACACACGAAACUCCAUGAUGGUGGUAAUGUGGAUAUGCAUGCAAGUAGUAUUGGCUGACAUCUUUUUUUUUUAUGAACUGGAUAUUCUUAUUUAGAUUCUCUUUCUGUUUUCUCUACCACAUUUAACUUAUUCUCUGUUGUUUGAUCACAAGUGAUUUAUAUUUUCAAAUGAAGUGUUGUUUUUUUUAGAAGAAAAAAUAUAUAUAUAAUAUUUUGUGUAAUUUUG